CGGGAAGACGGCAGCCGUGGACCUCGAACGUGUCGUCUCCAACCAGAUUCCACGUCGCCACCUGGCGAUGGCGACUGCUUUUGAAGAUGUCGUUUCAUUCCGGGCCGCGAAGCUACCGGCCGAGUGAACCGCGCCGCCCCGUAACCCGUGAACCCGCGGAGGUGAAGCGGGAGAGCUCCUCUGGCUCCACUGUGUUGUUUGUCUCAGUUUUGGAGAGGUAGGUGAACGCCACUCUGGGGCCUUUUGAUGUGGAGGACUUCAAGCGGGUGUUAUGGAUCCACAGUAUUUCCUGAGCUGGAAAGCCGCCCUGCUGUUCCUCUUGAUGCCACGUGGGCUCCGGUGUCUGUCGGUGCGCAUCCUCAACCAGGAGCCGUUCCACGUAAUCCCCGGCUCCAGUCUGGUUCUGAAGGCUCGCAUCGAGCUCGGACCCCUGGAAGAGGUUUCUCAGGUAACCUGGGAACGGGAGCCCGAAACGGGAAUCGACCCCGAGAGAGUGACGCUGGCCAGCUGCCCCGGCGGAGGCCCGGAGUGCGCCGGCACGCGGCCGAACGUCCGCGCCAGCGUGGAGCAGCAGGAGGCGACGCUUCAGAUUAACGGAUACGGCGAGGCGGAAAGCGGCGUGUACGGCGUGAGCGUGACGGAUCACGCGGGGGCCACGGCCACGGCCCAGUGCAUCGUCAGGACUUAUGAGGCGGUGCACCACGUGUCAGUCAGCGUCAACGUGUCUCACUCCACGCUGGUUUGCAGCGAGGCCUGGGGCACGGAGCCCCGCUUCAGCUGGUUCCACGAGCGGGUCGCCGUCACCGAGGCCGCGGGCAGAGUCUCCGGAGGCGGAGCGACGCUGGUCUGGACCGAGACGCCCGUCGUCUGCGGACACUUCACCUGCACGGUCAGCAACAAGCUGGGCCACAGCUCCGCCACCUACACCGCAGCACCUUGCGAGACAGAGGGCAGAGGGACCACAGCAGCUGUCGUGUGUCCUGUCCUGCUGCUGCUGUUGGGAGGAGGGCUGGCGUUUGUGCUGUGGAGGCGACACAGGCACGGUAACAGAGGAGAGAGGCUGCACGAGCAUCUGGACGACACGGUCUGAAAACAACAAGAAGAAAGAAAGGCCCGAGAUACAAAAGAGGAAAACAGCCAACUGGACUGGAUGGUGAGGCUGUGACUUCCUGUCCUGGGAGCAGUUUGACCUUACACUGCGUUAGAACAAUGUCGCUGGCAAGUGUAAAACAUCUAAAAAUGGAAAUCCAGCUUGAAGAGGCAGCAGCGUGUUUCCACUGCCGGGCUGCACCUGACACUGUGUAUCGAGUAAAGUAAUCAGGUCCGUUAUCUUGAAUCCACGUUGAAUAGAAAUGUACCUUCAAAUGAUGUCUUUAUAAUAAAAUCCCUUUUUGAGGAA